GGAAAGAGUCACCAUGCCCACUCAGCUACUGGUGUUUGUUCUUCUGACUCUACCCUGCUACAACGCUCAUGGGCAGGUCAAUCGUUUUGGAAUUCCAGUCUCUGCCCAUGCUGGGAAGUUCUACGGCAGGUCUCCCAGAGGUCACCUCUGCAGCGGGCUGAAUUAUGGCAUUCUAGAUUACACUUGCUGUGAAAAAGUACUGCAUAAAGGGGCGGGGCUGUCCUGCUGUGGAAACAGGGCCUUCAACCUCACCCAGGCUUCCUGUUGUGAAGGUAGGCUGACUCUGAAUGUAAGCCAGCUGGUGUCAGAUUGCUGUGGGUGUAGGGCCUAUGACCCACUCAACCAGCUGUGCUGUGACUCACAGAUCCUAACCAGGACCCAACCCCAUUCUAAGUGUUGUGGAAAAGACCUUUACGAUGAAGACCACCAGCUUUGCUGUGGAAAUGUCCAUGAAGGAAGGAAGGUCCUGACCAAAAUGUCCAGUCACCACCGGUGCUGUGGAGACAACCAGUUUGAUCAGCAAAGCCAAUGCUGCUGCUUAGAUUCUGAACCACUAUCCCCACAGCCUCUCAAUGCAAGCUGCUGUGCGUCAUCAGGGUUUAAUCACAGGAGAAUUUCUCAGAGUUCUACAAACUGUAUUCCUGGGGAGCAGCCCUGUGGUCGAGGUGCCUGUUUUAACCCAACAACAGAGCGUUGCUGUGUGAAUCCUAGAUCUCGCCAGGGGCAGCGUUACUCACAUGACCAGGCCUGCUGUGAUGGAACACUCAGCCGCACCCCAGGUCCCUACAAUGGUGCUAGCUGUGGCUCUCAGGUUUACAAUCCAGACAUUAACAUCUGCUGUGCCGGGCAGCUGUCCAAUAGGGUGCUUGGAAAAAACCUGUGCUGCGGUACAACUCCAUAUGGUGUAGAGGACCGAGGGGUGCUGUGCUGUAACCAGACCUUGCACCAUGUGGUGGAGGAUGGGUACCAGUGCUCCCCAGGUGGUCACUUGUAUCUGCCAUCCCGUGAAAUGGUGUGUGGGUCACACGUUCAUCUCAACGAUCCAGGCAAACACUGCUGUGGAGAGGAGACAUACGACCCUCAGGAUGAAAUCUGCUGCAACGGACACAAACACCAGAGGUUGGGAAACAUUUCCUGCUGCGGAGAGAAGGCCUACAACCCCAGCAGUGUCCAGAUGAAGUGCUGUGCGGGGACUCUGUACAACCUGCAGGUUCAGGGCAGGCUCUCAGAGGAGGCCCAGUGCUGUGGGACUGUCCUGAUGGAGGCUGGCUACAACCAGACCUGUUGCUCUGCCCUGGGGCUAGACCUGCUCUACCCUACCCAGUCAGGGUUCACCUGCUGUGGGCACCGCUACCCCAACACCUCCCUGUGGUCUUGCUGCGCUGGGGUCCUGCACCCAAGGCCUGAACCACACAACACCAGCAAGAACAUGAUUCCAGAAACCAGGCUUCUACCACUGGGGGAUUUGAAGACGGAUGUUCUGUGUUACAACGAAGUUCUGCUGGGGACAGUGGAGAGUGUGUCUAUAAAGAUGAAGGAGCGAUCCAUCGUGAUGGUAAACGCCAUGUCUUUGCUGGCCUCGCAUGGCAAAGUCAGCGCCCUGCCUUCCCCUCACUACGUCACAUUAACCGACCACUGCAGCUCCCCUGAACUGGUGCCAGGCAACACUUACAUCUGGGUGAAAACAAGACCUUACUCAGACCCCAUAAGAUUCAUCUCUGAUCUCAGCGAUCAUUCCUCCCCUCUCCAUUCCAUCCUUUCCAGGUGCUCAACCGUUAUCUAGCCCAGAGGAAAGAAGGCCAACCCUUUCAACAGAAUAUGAAUUCUGGGUAUUUCCAUAGGCUAUUGUAGAGAAAUCUGGUAUGUUAACUGACGAUAAGCUUAAAACUAGCAUCUUUAUGAUGUCUCAUGAGCCAUAGCUCAAGAAAGCCAUAUUUUGUCUGUCUGGGUAGUGGUUUUCUGUAAUAUUAUCAUAUAAGACUGACUACAUGUUUUGUUGCUUUAAAGGAGCAAUCUGCAAUUGGUGCAUCCAUUUUUGUAUAUACCUAUUGAUUCUUAAAAAUAUAAUUUGUCUCAUGGGCUUAGUUCAACUGUCGUACAAGCAUGGAGGAGGAGGUGUGGGGGUGUAAGU